UGACAGUCAUUACCGCGACAUCAAGGUGUACGGUGAUCAACUCGCCUGCCCGUGUAGUGCCUAUUCGCUCUGAAAGUUGUUUCUCGAGUAUUGCCGAUCAUCGUCGCCAAUAACCGUGGAGAAGGCCGAUAGCAAACUAUUGUAGUAGCUUCCACACAUUGGUUAUUUCCCGCGCGAUACCGUUGAAGUCACUGGAAUCGUUUUCGCUCGGUGAAUCAUCAAUGUUUUGACUGCAAUUGUGUUAAAGUGAGAAUUGCUAGUGCGGUUUUAGAUUUGGUGAACGAUACAAUUGCAUCCCAAGAAGAGAAUAGAUUAUAAUCUAAUUAAUCUGAAAGUAUAAGCUGUUAACGUCAAAAAAUAUUUUUAAUUCGUAAAAAUCAGUGCCUGGCUGAAACAUCUAUGUGAUUACUAGAAGACCUCAACCCCUCCGAAAAGGUUACACCUACCGACGCAAUUUGGAACCGGAUUGUAAAAACAGAUAUGAAAUGAGUGCGACCAGUUAGCAAAUAACAGCGUUGCUUGACCUAACCAGCCAUCCCUUGUAUUUGGUAAAUUUAACCCACGCAAAAUGAGCGGAAUUCAGAAUGAAGCCUACGAUCACGAUACGACCAGCACCGGGCUAUCACAUCGUAAGCGAAGCUCAAUCGUAAACCCAGCCGAGCAUGGGAAUGGCGACAGCUUCGCGCUUACUCACCUCCAGCCACAAACUACCCCAUCGAAUACGCAGGGGGCGGCGCCGAUAGCGCCAAUGCUGAAUGGAAAACCCCAAAAACAGACCACCCUCGUUAAAUUGGAAGACUGGUGGAGGCGGCACCGGACUCACAUCCGGAUAGCAGUGGCGGUGGCUCUGAAUGCCGCAGUGGUCAUAUUUUUUGGCUUUGCUACCGAUUACUACUUCGAAAAAGACCAAAACUGCACUACGGAAUGCGGCAUGCAAUGGUGCACUGGGUAUGGAAUGUUGGUGCUCCUUCUCGGCUUCAUCUACUUGGGCCUGAUUUACUUCCUCGUGUUAAAACCACUACUUCGGAAACCUUUCAAACAAUCCGUCAGUCAGCCGCUUAGUCGAUUUUUCCGACAAGUGUUCCAAAGUCUGUACGCCAAACUGAUAGUCGCUGGCGUGGUCCUGAUUGCGUUCGCUUUGUUCUGUUAUUUCGACACCGAAGGUGAACCGGAAAGGUUGAUGUCACUGGUCGGAAUGGUGGUGCUGUUUGCCAUAGCAUUCCUCUGUUCCAAGCAUCCGACAAGGAUAAACUACCGACCCGUGGUACUUGGAGUGACGUUCCAGUUUCUGCUGGGCUUGUUCUGCAUCCGAUGGGAGGUGGGUAGGAACAUUUUCAGCUGCAUCGGCGACAAGGUUGCCACGUUCCUGAACUACUCGGCUGAAGGUGCUGCCUUCGUUUAUGGGGAUUUUAUAGUCCGCACAGAGGGCGUCUUUGCCUUUGCGGUUCUAUCUGUGAUAUACUUCUUUAGCUUCUUCAUCUCGAUCCUGUACUAUUUGGGAGCGAUGCAGUGGGUAGUGUUGAAGCUGGGAUGGAUACUGCAGUCGAUUCUGGGAACGACAGUUUGCGAAAGCGUGAUCGCCGCGGCAAAUAUCUUCCUCGGUAUGAGCGAAUCGCCGCUUUUGAUUAGGCCUUAUAUUAAGGAUUUGACCCACUCGGAGAUACAUUCGGUGAUGUCCUCCGGUUUUGCCACCGUUUCCGGGACAGUUCUGGCAGCUUAUAUUUCUUUUGGAGCGGAACCAGCGCAUCUGAUCACGGCCAGCGUAAUGGCAGCACCGGCAGCACUUUGUUUCACUAAGUUGAUAUAUCCGGAGACGGAGGAGAGCAAAACUCGAUCGGAUAAUAUCCAAAUGGAGGAAUCGCCAGACUCUUCGAUCCUGGAUGCUGCUGCGAAUGGAGCCAAUACCGCCACGGCACUCGUCUUGGGUAUCAUCGCGAAUCUGAUCGCAUUUGUGUCGUUCAUUGCGUUCGUCAACGGCGUUCUCGGGUGGUUGGGUGAACUCGUUGGCAUACAGGACGCUUCGCUGGAGAACAUCUUUGGCACAAUCUUCCGGCCGUUAGCAUUCGUUAUGGGUGUCCCGUGGGACGAAAGCUACUUCGUUGGUAAGCUGAUCGGCAUCAAGACAAUUGUCAACGAGUUUGUGGCCUAUCAGAAGUUGGGUGAGUUCAUUGACGCGAAAGCGAUCUCGUCUCGAUCGGCCGCUAUAGCAACGUAUGCCAUCUGUGGGUUCGCCAAUCCGAGUUCGAUGGGCAUCAUGAUUGGAUCCCUGAGUGCGAUGGUUCCCGACAAACGAUCAGCCAUUACGUCGGUGGCCUUCCGAGCAUUUAUCACUGGGUCCAUAGUAUGCUUCAUGACUGCCUGUAUAGGAGGUUUACUAAUGGACGCCGAAAUUUUCAACAAUUUCGGAUAAAUACUCCAGCAGAAGGCACGAGAUAGGCCAUAUACUUCCCAGUGCGUGAAUCGUUUGAUUAGAGAUAUUCCAUAGUUUGUAAAUCUGUCUGAAAUACGCGUUGUUGUUCAUAUAUUCAUGCACUGUAAUGCAUUUACAAACUUUGUUACUAAUUUUACAUAUGUUAUUUGCAAUCUUUUGCAAAUUAUAUAGCAAAUUAUUUUGUAACAAAUCCACUUAUAAACAUACAAAAAUCAUGUUAACUGUAACCUUGGAAGAACGAUCAAAGUGCGAAGAUAGACAAACCGAAUUAUUAAUAUUUCACUGGUCAAUUUAAAUUUUUAAAAAGGGAAGAAUGCAAGAAUUGAUUUUUAAAAGCAAACAAUUAUGUCCACUAACAGAAUUUCCCAGAUCAAAGCCGAUUCACAGAUCACACUUAUGUUUAUUUUGUAAAGAUUAAUUAUAAUAGAAAUUGUUCCAUACGUUUUGACUGUAUGCUUGUGCUAUGGAAAGUGUAGAUACUGUACUACAUAAAUAUUGUAUUGCCAAAGUAUUUUUUAAUUUGUUAAUGUACCUAGAUUGAAUAUAAAUGAAGUUCAAAUAAAGAACAAGUGAAAAUUA